AUGGACAAUCUCCAGGCUGGUAUAUACCGGCCACACGACACUGCCGUCGUUUAUGUCUGCGAUUGCGAUACUUGCCAAACACAAUGUGUCAAAAUCGACGAAUCUGCUCUAGUACCGUCCGUCUCCUCAGCAAACGAGCAAACGGAGACUCUUAAUGUGGAGAUAAAAAAUCCACUGGAUCACGUUCUCUUGAAACCUCGACCUCGACCUAUCCCAAAAGUGACCCCGGUGCCCUCAACCAAUGCCCAAACCAACUCACCGGCACCUUCCAACGACUCGAUACCUACGCCAUCCUUAACGGUGACCCCAACAAACUCCGACUCUGAUGCAGCAUCGCUCUCAGUCAAGAGAGAGCUGCUUGUAGCUGCGCCCGCUAAGAAAACUCGUCAACCCAGUGUGAAACCAAUGCGUAUUGGCACGAAAGUAACACCUCGUAAUCUGUGUGCACUCGAUUGGCAAGCAAAAGGUCACCAGCGUGAACCGGCUAGUGCAUUCGCACUCUACUGGAACAAUCUGUCGGCCAGUAUCAAGGAGGAAUACAAACGAAUGGCCGCAGCGCAGAUUGGCUCUUCUUCGACACUCCAAGGCAGGGACAGCGUCGAGAAUCGGGAUGGCGGGCGAGGCGGCGGGAUGGCAGCGCAGCGCGCAGUGGGUACCCCAGUGAUAGCGAUACCUAGCGAUACCCCCAAACAAUAG